GAGCUGUCUCCUUUGAGAGGAAAGCCACAGAACCGUGACUUUGAGGAAAGUGACAUGUUGGUAGCAACCCACAUAGCAGCCAAGUGGGCUGAAGAAGGAGAUGCAGAGUGAGGCUUUAACAAGAAUCUCCGACCUUUUAAAGCCUUGCCUGGCAGCCCUUAUUAGCAGGGCCCCUGUGGGCUCUGCCAGUGUCGGUGCUGAGACAAACCUGACUAGAGGGAAACUGGAAGACAGUGGGGUAGACAGUUGACAUUCCAGUGUCAUGAACAGAUGCCACAGCUCUGUGACACCUGGAUCCCAAGGUACCAUAAGCUGUGGUUCUGGGAGGGCUUCAUUCUGUGAGUUGACUCUCAGUUUGUGUCAUAUUUACAUAGAAAGUGCCAACACUUUCUUCCUUCUCUUGCAUAAACAGGCCACACCUUGCACCAACCAAAGUCCACCUCAUCUUUCAGCUGCCCUAGGUCAGUCACUCAGCCACAGGAGUUUCAUCUUCCGAGAAAUUCAGUGUUUCUAGGAGAGGAUGGACCUCUUCAUCUCUCCCCUGAUGUUACUGAGACGUGAGCAUUUAUAACUAGUACAGUUUAAAAAGAACCGUUCACCUGCUGGCCAUCUCUCCAGAUCUGGAGCCUGAGAGAGUUGUAGCAGAAGAAACUGAGGCCCUCAAAGUCCCAGUGGAGAAGGAGGCCCUAUAGACAGGAGGCUGGCAGUGUGGGGUAAAGCCAUGGUCCCUUUGCGGAGGACAGCCGGGAAGAGGGCGUCUGCCCCAUCUGCCAGGAGCAUCUGAAGGAGGCAGUGAGCACCGACUGCGGACACCUCUUCUGUUGAGUGUGCCUGGCGCAGCAUGUGGAGAAGGCCCAGGCCUCUGGAGUCCUCUGCUGUCCCCUCUGCCGGAAGCCCUGUUCCGAGGGGGUGCUGGGGGCAGGCUAUGUCUGCCACAUCCACCAGAAGAAGGUGUGCUGGUUCUGUGAGGAGAGCAGACUUCUUCUCUGUAUGGAAUGCCUGGUGUCCCCUGAACACAAGUCUCACUGUGAGCUGGCCAUUGAAAAUGCCAUCAGCCACUAUAAGGAACGACUCAACCGCAGGAGCAGGAAGCUCAGAAAGGACAUCGAAUUUCUGUGGCUCAGGGCUCAGGAGAAGGAGAAAUUGCAGGCUGUUCAGUUUCAGGAAGACUGUGGGACCCAUAGGCUGGCUGCUGAGCUGGAGAGCCAGCACCAAACCAGGAGACAGCUGGAUGUCCUCCCUCAGGAGUGGCUGGACCGGCUGAAGGACACACCAGCACAGCUGUCCAGAAGCUUUGACAUCUCCAGGGCAAUAAUGAAGCUCAACAGACUGGUCAGUGAUCUGGAGGGGAUGGCCAAGGAAUUGGACACCAACAUGCUGAAGGAUGCCAGUGACUUACUGAGCAGGAGUGCUCCACAGAAAUUAGAGGCUAUUUAUCCCAAGUUAGAGGAAAGAAUCAGCCAGUCACUUCUCCAGCCAUCCUCAGCAGGUUGGCCCUGCUCAUCCCUGAAUCACCUCAUCUCAGACCCACCUCAGCCUUCUCACUCUCCUUCCUCCAGCCUGUACAGCCUCUAAUUAGGUCCACCCCAUAUGUCUUCAGGAUGGCCAUCCUCUGAACAUGACCCCCUUUCCUCAUCCCAACAGCUGUGACCUGAUGUCUGGCUCCCUGACACUUGGACAGUAAGUCACAGACUCUUCCUGAGCCAGGCUUGGGCUUGUGGCUUCCUUGGCAGAGGUCAGGAUUCAAGACCUCCAUUUGGCCUGUGAACUGACAGUAGCAUCCAUCUCUCACCUAUAAAAAAUAGGAGUACCAAGGUACCUGGAUAGAAUCAGCUCACCAAUGGUGAGGCCACCUCUGCAUGUGGGCCAGCAGAUCUGUUGAGCUCCUGUAACCCCUGUUGUCAGUACAACUCUCCUGGCACUUAUUCAUUAUUAUUCUUAAGGCAGACAGACUCUAGGGUAGUGCCCUGUGAUCCUGCCCUCUCAGUGUUCAUGCCCUUGUGUGAUCUCCUCUCCUUGAGUUAGAACAGGACAUGCAACUUGCUUCUAAUCAAUGGAAUAUGGCAAAGAGGAUGGUGUCACUUUAGUAACAUUGCUUAGGACUCCUCCUUGCUGGCAAACUCACUCUGAGACUCUCCUUUCUGAACUGAUAAAGUAAGUAACCCUAUGGCAAGGACCAGUGGGAAGCCUCUAAGAGCUGAGAGCAGCCUCCAGCCUUCAACCAACAAGAAGCAGGGGCCCUCAACAGCUGCAAGAAAAUGAAUUCUGCCAACAGCCUAAGAAAACUUGGAAGUGGAUUUUUCCCCAGUUGAUCCUCCAGAUGAGAACGAGUCCAGCUGACACUUCGAUUGCUGCCUUGUGAGACUCAAAGCAGAGGACUCAGUCAAGCUGUGCCCAAACUCCUGACCACACAACUGUGAUAUACUAAAUGUGUGUUACUUUAAGACACUAAAUUUGUGGUAAUUUUCACAGAACAAUAGAUCAUCAAUAUGUUUA